AUGACUGAGCCCCUUCAGUGGGCCAGGUACUACUGGCGGCGGCUGAUGGGUGGUGCGAACCGGGCGAGUGAUGGGAGGCCGUACAACUACUCCUCGUUGCUGCCUUGUGGUGGCAAGACUUCCCAGACCCCAAGACUGUCUGGAAAACACCGAGUGGUUGUCCCCCACCCCUGGCCCUUCAAGGAUGAAUAUGAAAAGUUCUCUGGAGCCUACAUGAAUAAUCGGAUACGGACAACAAAGUACACGCUUCUGAACUUUGUGCCAAGAAAUUUAUUUGAACAAUUUCACAGAGUCGCCAAUUUAUAUUUCCUGUUCCUAGUGGUCCUGAACUGGGUGCCUUUGGUAGAAGCCUUCCAGAAGGAAAUUACAAUGUUACCACUGGUAGUUGUCCUUACAAUUAUCGCAAUUAAAGAUGGCCUGGAAGACUACCGAAAAUACAAAAUUGACAAGCAGAUAAAUAACUUACUAACUAAAGUUUACAGCCGGAAAGAGAAAAAAUAUAUUGACCGAUGCUGGAAAGAUGUUAUUGUUGGGGACUUUAUUCGGCUCUCCUGCAACGAAGUCAUUCCUGCAGAUAUGGUCUUACUCUUCUCCACUGAUCCAGAUGGAAUCUGUCACAUUGAGACUUCCGGCCUUGAUGGAGAGAGCAACUUAAAGCAGAGACAGGUGGUUCGGGGAUACGCAGAGCAGGUAAGUGUUGUGGUCUUCUCUGCCAGGUUGUUAAUAUUUCCCUUCAGGAGAUGGAAUAUGAUCAGCGUGAUCAAUCGAUCAUUGGAACAUUCCAACAAAGGACGUGUGGGUCUCAGCAAAGAAAAUUUGUUACUAAGAGGUUGCACCAUCAGAAACACAGAGGCUGUUGUGGGCAUUGUGGUUUAUGCAGGUCAUGAGACCAAAGCAAUGCUGAACAAUAGCGGGCCACGGUAUAAGCGCAGUAAAUUAGAGAGAAGAGCAAAUACGGAUGUCCUCUGGUGUGUGUUACUUCUGAUUAUAAUGUGUCUCACUGGUGCUUUGGGGCAUGGAAUCUGGUUGAGCAGAUAUGAGGAUGUACCCUUCUUUAAUAUCCCUGAAUCUGACGGGCAUGUCAUCUCACCGCUCUUGGCAGGAUUCUAUAUGUUUUGGACAAUGAUCAUUUUGUUACAGGUCCUGAUUCCCAUCUCUCUCUAUGUUUCUAUUGAAAUUGUCAAACUUGGCCAAAUAUAUUUUAUUCAAAGUGAUGUAGAUUUCUACAAUGAGAAAAUGGAUUCCACUAUUCAGUGCCGAGCCCUGAACAUCACAGAGGACCUUGGUCAGAUUCAAUACCUCUUUUCUGAUAAGACGGGAACACUCACAGAGAAUAAGAUGGUCUUUCGAAGGUGCAGUGUGGCCGGCUUUGAUUACUGCCAUGAAGAAAAUGCCAAGAGGUUGGAGUCCUAUCAGGAGGCUGUCUCAGAAGAUGAGGAUUUUGCAGAGACAUGCAGUGGCUCUCUAAGCAACAUGGCGAAACCAAAGGCCCACCACUGCAGAGCAGCUCACCAUGGGCAGUCGGGAAGUAAAGCCUCCAACCAUCUCUCUGGAAGCUGUUUUGCAGCAGGAAGUGGAGAAAGAGCCGGUGAAGUGCCUCAUUCCCGACAGGCUGCUUUCAGUAGCCCCAUUGAAACAGAUGUCGUACCAGAUACGAGGCUUUUGGACAAGUUUGGUCAGAUUACACCUCAGCUCUUUUUGCCACCAGAUGACACUGGCCACAGUCCACCACUGGAGACUUUGUACAUUAUUGACUUCUUCAUUGCUUUGGCAAUUUGCAACACAGUAGUGGUAUCUGCUCCUGACCAACCAAGACAAAAGAUAGGACUCUCAUCACUGAGUGGGAUGCCCAUUAAAUCCUUGGAAGAGAUAAAAAACCUCUUCCAGCGUUUGUCUGUCCGAAGGUCAAGUUCACCAUCCCUUGCCAGUGGAAAAGAGCCAUCUUCUAGUGCCCCAAAUGCCUUUGUGAAUAGAGUCCCUUUCUUCAGUCGGAUGAAACUGUCUUCACCUGUGGAGGAAGAAAGCUCCCAGAUGUCUGAGGGCCCCCAGGAUUCUGGUAACACAGCUUGCUAUCAAGAAACAGAGAAACCAGACAGUGAUGCAGGCAUCACCAGCGGCCAGCAGGACUCCCUUCCUGGACAGCCUCUGACCACAGACCUGUGCUAUGAGGCUGAGAGCCCAGAUGAAGCGGCCUUAGUGUAUGCUGCCAGAGCUUACCAAUGCACUUUACAGUCCAGGACUCCAGAACAGGUGGUGGUGGACUUUACUGGGUUGGGACCAUUAACAUUUCAACUCCUACACAUCCUGCCCUUUGACUCAGUAAGGAAGAGAAUGUCUGUUGUGGUCCGGCACCCCCUUUCCAACCAAGUUGUGGUGUAUACGAAGGGUGCUGAUUCUGUAAUUAUGGAGUUGCUGUCCAUGGCCUCACCAGGAGGAGCAGCUCUGGAAAAGCAACAGAUGACGAUAAGGGAGAAAACUCAGGAGCACUUGGAUGAUUACGCCAAACGAGGUCUCCGUACUUUAUGUAUAGCAAAGAAGGUCAUGAGUGACACUGACUAUGAAGAGUGGCUAAAGAAUCAUUUUUUAGCUGAAACCAGCAUUGACAACAGGGAGGAAUUACUAUUUGAGUCGGCCAUGAGGUUGGAGAACAAACUAACAUUACUUGGUGCUACCGGCAUUGAAGACCGCCUCCAGGAGGGCGUCCCUGAGUCUAUAGAAGCCCUUCAAAAAGCCGGUAUUAAGAUCUGGAUGCUAACGGGGGACAAGCAGGAGACAGCUGUCAACAUAGCUUGUGCAUGCAAACUACUCGAGCCAGAUGACAAGCUCUUUAUUCUGAAUACUCAAAGUAAAGAUGCCUGUGAGAGGCUAAUGAGCACAAUUUUGAAGGAACUUCAGAAGAACAACUGUGCUUCCCCAGAGCACAUACCUUUCAGUGAGGGUCUAUCCUACCCUCCUGACUUUCAGAAUUUGGGGUUCCGGGCUGGACUUGUUAUCACUGGGAAAACCCUAGAAUUUGCCCUGCAGGAGGGUCUUCAAAAACAGUUCCUGGAGUUGACUGCAUGGUGCCAAGCUGUGGUCUGCUGCCGAGCCACACCUUUACAGAAAAGUGAAGUUGUCAAAUUGGUCCGCAACAAACUCCAAGUCAUGACUUUGGCCAUUGGUGAUGGUGCCAAUGAUGUUAGUAUGAUCCAGGUUGCAGACAUCGGAAUAGGAAUCUCAGGUCAAGAAGGCAUGCAGGCUGUAAUGGCCAGUGACUUUGCCAUUUCUCGAUUCAGACAUCUCAGCAAGCUCCUUCUUGUCCAUGGGCACUGGUGCUAUACACGACUUUCGAACAUGAUUCUCUAUUUUUUCUACAAAAAUGUGGCCUAUGUGAACCUCCUUUUCUGGUACCAGUUCUUUUGUGGGUUUUCAGGUGCAUCCAUGACUGACUAUUGGGUUUUGAUCUUCUUCAACCUCCUCUUCACCUCUGCCCCUCCUGUCAUUUAUGGUGUUUUGGAAAAAGAUGUAUCUGCAGAGACACUUAUGCAGCUGCCUGAACUUUACAGGAGUGGUCAGAAGUCAGAGGCAUACUUACCCUUGACCUUCUGGAUCACCCUGCUGGAUGCCUUUUAUCAAAGUCUUGUCUGCUUCUUUAUGCCUUACUAUACCUACCAGGGCUCAGACAUUGACAUCUUUACAUUUGGAAACCCUCUGAACACAGCAGCUCUUUUCAUCAUUCUGCUUCAUCUGGUCAUUGAAAGCAAGAGUUUGACUUGGAUACACAUGCUGGUCAUCGUUGGUAGCUUCCUGUCUUACUUCUUAUUUGCCUUGGCUUUUGGAGCCAUGUGUGUAACUUGCAACCCACCAUCCAACCCCUAUUGGAUUAUGCAGGAGCAUAUGCUAGAUCCAAUGUUCUAUCUGGUGUGUGUCCUCACGACCUGCACAGCACUUUUACCUAGGUUUAUAUACAGAAUUCUCCAGGGAUCCUUGUUUCCAUCUGCAGUCCUGAGAGCUAAGCACCUUGACAGACUGGCUCCAGAUGAAAGGACAGAUGCACUCAAGAAAUGGAGGCAAAUUGAAAAGAUGGAUCGGGUAGCAUCUAAGAAUGCUGACCACCCAGACGUCAAGUCAGGGAGAAGACCUGUGCCUGGCCAUUCCGAUAUCCCUACAAGGAUGCCAGCUUCUUGUGAUGUUGAAGAAGGACACAUAUCUGUAUGUGAAACUGCUUUAGACUCGGACAGGCCUCAGACCUCGUAGAUGGCUGGACCACCAAAGGAUAAAAAAUAUAGGGUAGCCUACUCAGAGUUGCAAGUUUAG